UCCUAGGUUGAACAGGUAACCGGUAACAAGCAUCUCUUUCUAACUCACGCUCAUCCUUUGCUCUCUCCGAUCGUCUUUACCUUUUGAUCCUUCUUCUUCUUCUUCUUCUCCGCUAGGUUUCUCUCAAACGAACAGAUCCUCCAUUCGUCUCAAAGUUACCUUGUGCGAUGAAGACAGCAAAGGGGAAAGGUAAAGCUAAGACCACUAAGGAAGCCUUGAAGCCAGUUGAUGACAGAAAGGUGGGGAAGAGGAAGGCACCGGCUGAGAAGCCUAGCAAGAGGGAGACUCGUAAAGAGAAGAAGGCCAAGAAGGACCCCAACAAACCCAAGAGAGCUCCUAGUGCCUUCUUUGUCUUCUUAGAAGAUUUUAGGCAAACGUUCAAGAAAGAGAAUCCAGAUGUGAAGGCUGUCUCUGCUGUUGGGAAAGCAGGAGGGCAGAAAUGGAAGUCAAUGUCUCAGGCUGAAAAAGCCCCAUAUGAAGAGAAAGCUGCAAAGAGGAAAGCUGAAUACGAAAAGCUCAUGGAUGCGUACAACAAAAGCAUGGAGGAAGGGAGUGAUGAAUCUGAAAAUUCUUUAUCAGAAGUGAAUGAUGAAGAUGAAGCUAGUGAAGAGGAAGAGAAGGUAGAGAAGGGAAAGGCAGGUGAGGAUGACGAAGAUGAUGAUGACGAUGAUGAAGAUGACGAGGACGAUGAAGAAGACUAAACUGGAGAUAGAGAUCAGAGUUUGGAUCUCGAGGAUAACUACAGGUUCAAAAGGCAGAAGUAAGUAUAUUUUGUAUUUUGUGUGUUGACAACUAUAGAUCGAAAUGGUGUGUUGUGCUUUUUUUUUUUCUUUUCCUAAGAAAGCCAAACAGUUUCUUAGCGGUUCAUGUAAGUUUAUUUCAGCUUUCUAUCCACAACGUACACUGUACCAA